AUGGAAAAACUCGACGGCGACACGGACUGUCGACUCUUCACCCCGUACGAUCGUCGCCACGUUCCCGGGAAGAUGUUCCUCUCUCCGAACUUUGUGUGUUUCGCCAGCAGAGUCAGUCAUCUUUUCAUCUUUCACUCAACAGCUUCUCUUUUUCAGACCGAACGCUUCGUUUCCAUUGUAAUCCCUUUGAUCGAAGUGACUUCGGUGGAAGAGUGCUCCCCCGUUUCCUCCAGCCAAACAACCCAAGGAAUCCUUUUGUGUCUUCGCAAUGGUGCAACAGUCAUUUUUUCGGCAGUUCCAGAACGGGACCGUGUUCUGUCUAAGAUUACUGUUUUUCUGGAACGAGGUAAGAUCGAGCGGACCAUGGAGAAAGCGAAAGUGGAUGCGGAGAGAAGCAGAAGUGUGAGUGAAUAUCAAGAAAGUUAUACUACAAUCAGUACAAUUUCAGUCCACAUCUUCCUCCAGUUCCUCAUUCGAUAAUCUCAUCUGGGAUUGUCCACUGAUUGAAAAAUAUCCAUUCGGAGCGGAUGCUUCAGACAAAUGCAGGGAGAAAUGGAGCAAAUGUCUACAAGAGUACGGAAGCGGAGUGUGUAUGUACAGGACCGUCGAACUUCAUCGUCUGCUGUUGGAGGGGGUGCCGUUGCAGUUGAGAGGGCAGAUAUGGAUGAUUUGUUCGGGUGCCGCAGCUGAGAUGGCACUCAAUCCAGGAUAUUACCGUGAACUUCUUCACAAGAAUCAGGGAGUGUACAGUGUUGCACUGGAAGAGAUCGAGCGAGACUUGCACAGAAGCCUUCCGGAGCAUCCCGCUUUCCAACAGGGACCUGGAAUCGACGCCCUCCGACGCAUUCUAACGGCAUACGCAUUCAGAAAUCCGAAUAUCGGAUACUGCCAAGCCAUGAACAUUGUCGGAUCAGUGCUUUUGUUGUUCACGAAAGAAGAGGAGGCGUUCUGGCUGCUGGUCGCUGUCUGUGAACGCCUUCUUCCUGACUAUUACAACACGAAAGUGGUCGGUGCUCUGGUUGACCAAGGUGUCUUCUCGGAGCUCGUGGAACGGCUCCUUCCCUCUGUUGGGGCUCAACUGACUCGUCUCGGCUUGGAUGACAUGGUUGCUCUUUCUUGGUUCCUCACGAUUUUCCUCUCUGCAAUCAAGUUUGAUGCGGCCGUUCGCAUUCUUGACUUGUUCUUCUUCGAAGGAGCGCGGGUAUGUUUGUGAGCAAGAAAUAGAUAAAACGCCCACUAUUCCAGCUAAUGUUCCAAGUAGCGCUAGAGAUGUUGAAGCAGAAUGAAAGUCUGAUUUGCGAAUCACGAGAUGACGGCGAGAUUCUGAUGAGUCUCGCCAAAUAUACGGACAGCAUCUACGAAGGAGAUAACGGAAUCGAACGGAACCCAUCGGCGGUAUCUUUCGGAACAACGAUCCUUUCCGAUCUGGAAGAAGCAGCAUCCACAAUGAUCAGCUUCAUGGGCACGGAGACUACCAGAACAUUUCCAAAAGUGAAUUUAAAAAAUAUAUUAUGAAAACUUGGUUUUUGUAGAUUCCAAUUGGAGACUUGCUCACUAAGUCAUAUCAGAACUUUGGAUACUGUUUCACCAACGAACACAUCGAGUCUCUCCGUCUUAAGAAUCGUCUAAAAGUCGUGCAGAAUCUGGAAGACAACCAGAUGAAGAGUAUCAUCAAGAGCAUUGGAAAGGACUGUCGGUUCAGCAACGAAGAGUUGGAGUCGUUGUACAAUGUGGUGAAGGUACGAAAAUAUUUAUACAGAGCAACAAAAAAGGGACCCGAAAGUGUAGCACAGAGUUUGA